AACAAAAGUAAAAAAUGUUGGUUUAUAUGAUCUCUUGCUAGCUAGAUAGAUAGAGUUGGUAAUUUCUUUUAUAUCUCACUAGAUCAUCAUAUGCCCCGGCCAGAAAGAGUGGCAAGAAACACAAGCUUGCUGUUUCUGAUUCUCCUGAUCAUUAUUAUCCCUUGUGUGAGCGAAACGACAAUGGCGGCGAUGGGCAUGAUGAUCAGGAAUCCGAAAACGACAGCGUUGGGCGUGAGUACUGGUUUUGAGUGUGAGCACUGUGAGCCAAUGUAUGGGUUCUUGCCUUGUACGAGUAGUUUGUGGGAGAUGCUUUUCAUGAUAAUCGUGUAUGAGGUUUUGCUGUCGUUAGGAGAGCAGUAUAUUACGGCUGGUUCCAACCUUUUCUUUGAGACCUUCGGAACUGGUUUUUUUGGAGCAACUAUAUUCCACUUGCUCGGCACUGUCCCACAAGUUGCCUUGAUUCUUACGAGUGGUAUUGCUGCAAGUCAAGAUUCGAUGGGAGAGGAGCUAGAAAUGAGUAUUGGACUACUAGCAGGAACAACAAUCAUUUCCCUCACAUUGAUUUGGGGUUUUGUUGUUGCUUUUGGCAGCCGCGACCUUUCACACUCCCUAAUUAGUUCAUCAACACUUCCACUUCAACACCACUACCACUCAAAACCUUCCACAUUAACGGGUUAUGGUAUAACUACUGAUAUUGAGACGAAUGUGACUGCAAGGCUCAUUCUAGUUUCACUCAUUCCAUAUAUCAUUCUCCAGCUGUCAAAAGUUCACAAUUCAUAUUUUUGGACACGAAUCAUCAUUUUUCUUUCUCUCACUAUUUCUGUUAUAUUCCUCGCACUUUACUGCAUCUAUCAGAUGUUUGAGCCAUGGAUGCAAAAAAGAAGGCUUGAAUUCGUGUUAAGGAAAUACAUAAGAAAGAAGUUAGUGCAGAGUCUUCUCACUGCAGGGGGUAGGCCUAAUAUACCUGCGAUAAAGGAAAUAUUUCAUAGGAUCGAUGAGAAUAGAAAUUCUUACAUAUCUACUGCUGAACUAAAAACAUUAAUAUUAGGAAUACAAAUCGAAAACUCUGGAUUGGACGAGCAGGAUUUUGUGGCAAAGGUUUUAAAAGAGUUUGAUAGUUCUAAUGAUUCUCAAAUAAAUGAGGCAGAGUUUAUCAAUGGGCUCUCAAACUGGCUAAUUUCAGCUAAUAAGGACGCUUUCAAGUUCGUUUCUCAGGCUAAACAAAAGUUCUUCAACCUCACUUCUGAGAAAUCUUUACCCAAAGAAGAGGAAAGAUUGCUGAUGGUGGCUCCAAAUAUGACAAGUAUUUCCACCAAGGCCACUAAAGAAGUUUGGUUCAACUACAUUAAAGCUUCUCUUUUUAUAAUUUUGGGGGCAAGCAUUACUCUUUUUCUUGCUGCACCACUUAUGGAAACUGUUCAAAAAUUCUCGACUGCUGCAAAUAUUCCUUCAUUCUUGGGUUCAUAUGUUAUGCUGCCUUUGGCUUUGACUUACAGUCAGGCAUUCAAUGUCAUUACCUCAGCCAAACAUAAAACAGAGAACGCUAUUUCUUUAACAUUAUCUGAGAUUUAUAAUGGAGUAUUCUUAAACAACAUGAUGGGUUUGAUCAUACUGUUGGGGCUUGUUUAUUGUCGAAACUUGUGGUGGGAUGUCUCAGCUCAUGUUUUAGUUGUUCUAAUCAUUUGUGCAAUCAUGGGUUUUUAUACGAGCUUUUGCUCCAAGUUCCCAGUUUGGACAAGUAUUAUAACCUUCGCUCUCUACCCCUUCUCGCUACUUACUAUUUAUUAUGUUACUUCUGUUCUAGACCUGUCUUAAGUGUUUCAGUUUACCACUUUUUAUAUAGGAAACAUUUUCGUCAGGAGUAUAAUAUUUUUUAGCAUUUCCAGGAAUUAAAUUUUUAUUUCUUUUAUUUA